AGAAUAAAAACUAGCGGUUUUAUUGUUGCGAACUUCAGUUAAUCUUCUCUUGACUAAUUUAACAGUUACCCUUGUUAGCUUUGAGCUUUAAUUUCCAUUUUUUUGUGCGCAACAAAUAUUUCAACAUGCCUCACGAUUCUUCAAGCAGUUCUGGUUUCUUCGAUGAUGCAUCUUCUGGAGGAGGAUGGGGAGAUCCUAGUCCAAGUGAAACCAAACAUAAAUCCAAUGGCUCGAAACAAGAUUCCGGCGAUUCUUGGCCUUCUGGUGGAGAUGAUGAUGGUGGCUCAUGGGCUGAAAAUACAACUACAACUGAAUCUACAACUGAUACUUGGGGCUCACAGAGUGGGUCUAAUGACCGAGGAUCAUCUAGAGGUGGUGGUGGCAAAGGUUGCUUCAAGUGCGGUGAAGAUGGACAUAUGUCUCGUGAAUGUCCAACAGGAGGUGGAUCGUCCAGAGGAGGCGGCGGAAAAGGUUGUUUCAAAUGUGGUGAAGACGGGCACAUGUCUCGUGAAUGUCCUACCGGAGGUGGAUCACCUAGAGGUGGUGGUGGUAGCAAAGGCUGCUUCAAGUGCGGUGAAGACGGACAUAUGUCUCGUGAAUGUCCAACAGGAGGAUCAUCGAAUGGAGGUGGAGGCGGCUCAAAAGGUUGCUUCAAGUGCGGUGAGGAUGGACACAUGUCUCGUGACUGUCCUCAAGAAGGUGAAGGAAAUGAAAAUCGAAGCAAAGGUUGCCAUAAAUGUAAUAAAGAAGGUCAUAUGGCUAGAGAUUGUACUGAGCCUUCUUUAGAUGCUGAUGGAAAGCCAAGACCUCCACUCUACAAACCUCCUGAUAUCGAAGAAGAUGACUCUCUAUUUGAUUCAGUUUCAACUGGAGAAAACUUUAGUCGAUUCGAUUCAAUUCCAUGUAAUGUAAGUGGACAAGACGUGCCUAAAGAACCAGAGAGAUAUGAAACCUUUGAAGAGGCCUUCACUAGUGAAACAAUUUUGAAUGGUCUUAAGCAAACAAAGAUUCUAAAACCAACUCCUAUCCAGAAAUAUGGUAUGAGAAUUGUUAUGGCCGGUAGAGACUUAAUGGCUUGUGCUCAAACUGGAUCUGGUAAAACAUUAGCUUUUAUUUUACCCAUUCUACAAGAUUUGUUCAAUGAUAAGAGUCUACAGACUAAUUAUGGUCAAACACCUCAGACACCAAGUGCUGUAAUUGUCACUCCAACCCGUGAAUUAGCAGUUCAAAUAUAUAGAGAAUUAUAUAAGUAUAGCAAAGGAAGUAUUGUUAAAAGUCAAAUUAUUUACGGUGGAACUUCAGUUGGUCAUCAAAGAGCUAAACUUUCAGAAGGUGUACACAUUCUUGUUGGUACAGUUGGACGAAUACUCGAUUUCUUGGAUCGAGAUGUUUUUAAUUUUUCUAAUUUAAAAUAUUUUGUUUUGGACGAAGCUGAUCGAAUGAUUGACCAAGGUUUUCUCCCAGAUGUACGAAAAAUGAUGGCUCAUCCAACAAUGCCACCAAAAGAGGCUAGACAAACUCUCAUGUUUAGUGCCACCUUUGCUGAAGAAAUUCAAAGAGUUGCUGGAGAAUUUUUGGUUCCAAAUUACCUUUUCCUUACCGUUGGUAUUCUUGGUGCUGCAAAUUCUGAUGUUGAACAAAACAUCAUAAAAGUUGACAAAUUCUCCAAGCGUGAAAAAUUAGCCGAGAUACUUAAAAGUUCCGAUGAUAAUGACAAAACAAUGGUCUUUGUUGAAGCAAAGAAAACAGCCGAUUUCUUAGCAUCAUUCUUAUCUCAGAACUCAUUCAAAGCGACUAGUAUCCACGGAGAUCGUUUUCAACACCAGAGAGAAAAGGCACUUGCUGAUUUGAAAAGUGGCAAAUUUCCUAUCUUGGUUGCUACAUCAGUUGCAGCAAGAGGUUUGGAUAUCGCAGAUGUUAGGCAUGUAAUAAACUAUGAUUUGCCUAAAGAUAUUGAUGACUAUGUCCAUAGAAUCGGUCGUACAGGUCGAGUCGGAAAUAAGGGUAAAGCAACAAGUUUCUAUGAUCCUGAUGCUGACAAAGCUUUAGCUUCCAAAAUCGUAGAAGUUAUCGAAAGUGCCUCACAACCUGUUCCUGAUUGGCUUAAAGAUACUUCCGAAGGCUCAAAUGAUAAUGGUUUUGGAUUUGGAGGAAACGUCGACUAUAGAGGAGGUGCUUCUGCCAAUGAAGACAAUGGUGCUUCUAAACAGCAAGACAAUGCUGAUGAGGAAGAGUGGUAAUGUUAAUCUUGAGCAAAGAUUCUUGUUUGAAAACAUCAAUACACUUUCUGUAUCCAAAAAUUUACACUAAUUAUCAACCAAAAAGGACUAUUGAUAAAGGACAAUUGAAUAUUCAAAGUAUUUUUGUUGGUGUGAUCUCGCAAUUAUCGCAAUAAUUUACAAUUUCUCAAUUAUCAUCCAUGACCAAAAAAUGACAUCGAAAUUUCUAUCAAAGCAAAUCUUUAUAAGACAAAUGACAACCGAAAAUAAGCCGCUGUUUACUAAACGUUUUUUCUUUGUUGGACCAAACUUUUUUUAAUUAUAAAAUAUUAAUAUAUUUUUUGUCCACUCUUUCCGAAAACAAAUUGUUUAACGAUUUUUGAUUAAUUAAUUGACGAUUACAAUAAACUAUUCAGUUCUUUUUUUGCUAAA